AUGCUUGACUACCAACAAACCUUGGCGCACCAUUUAAUCCAACAGCACGGAAUUUUGUCCCAUCUCAAUCUCAACUUUGGGCUGACGAGUUACAAUCCAAGCAAUUUUUAUGGGGCAGCGACAGCGCCCUCGGUGACGCCAAAUUUUCCCAUGUCGACAAAUCUGUCGUCGGCGUCGGCGACGAAUUUGUCGUCGUCGUCAUCCUUCAGUUUUAAUGGGGGUCUCAGUGUGAAUGUGAAUUUGAGUGGGGGCCGGAAUUUCGCCGGGGGAGGGGGGACCAGUCCCGGAAGUUAUGACGCCUUUAGGGGUGGGGCUGUUGGGAGGUAUAGGAAAUGUUCGGAGGGGGAGAGCCGGGGUGGGUCGGAGAGUCCGGGGGGAAUGACGGACGAUUCCGAGACUGAAAUGUCAUACGAUGACCAAGUCUCACCAUCCGGCUUACGUGGCGACGACGACGAGACUGGUCUGACCUCGUUGAACAGCAGCCCGAUCUCCGGAGGAAAGGAUUCGGUCGACGCAUCCGGCCUGAAAACCCGUCGACGCCGAACCGCCUUCACUUCCGAACAGUUGCUCGAACUCGAGAGGGAAUUCCAGCUCAAGAAAUAUCUCAGUUUGACGGAACGCUCGGAAAUUGCGAGGACCCUGAAACUCAGCGAGGUCCAGGUCAAAAUCUGGUUCCAGAAUCGGAGAGCUAAAUGGAAACGGGUGAAAGCGGGAGGAAUGGGCGUCCUUUCUCGUGGCGGCGGUGGCGGUGGAGGGUCUGGCUCAUCCCCCAACAAUGAAAGUGGUGGCGGUGGCGGUGGGAGUGGUCCGAACAGGGGCAAUUCCUCCAGUGGGGGUGGUAGUGGACCCCGGAUCGUGGUGCCCAUUCCGGUCCACGUGAAUCGCUUCGCGGUACGGACGCAGCAUCAACAAAUGGAAAAGUCGAUGCAGCAAAACCACGCACUUUCACUCCCACUCCAUCAACAGCAUCACCUUUACGGACGCAGUAUCGGCAGUACGGCGUCCUCCAUUUAUUAGGAAAGUAAUAUUUCCGAGUGGAAUCUUAUCGUAAAUAUAAAAAUAGCUUUAAAACCUCCUUCCCCACCACUGCCCCCGCUCAUAAACCCAUAAACAUAGUCAAGUAAGUUAUUAUGUAAUGCAAGAAAGGUAAAAAUAGUCAGAAAAAGUAUUAAACGAGGCUUAUAAAAAACUUGGGUCUUAAUAAUUGAGUUACUCAUAUGCAUAUUU